GAAAAUAGGGGACCAUGUGUGCGAUGAAAAUGUCCCCAAGCCAGUGAUGGGUAGUCCAUCAAGACAGAUGAUGGACAGCAAGUCAGUCAGUGGGAUACGCAGGCUGAGCAUCAUCUCAGAGCAAGAACCAGACAAGCUGGACACCGAUCCCACUUCUCAUGAUCCCCGGUGUGGCAGUGAGAGGGGUGGAUCCAGCUUCUCCAUGUGUUCUGACAAGUUCAAGAAUAGCAGCAGCCGUUUCUCCUCUGAUGAUUCAUACCAGCCUGACACCGGAGACGACUGCGCAGCACUUCUUCUCGCCUGCCUCUAUUGCCGUUUCCACGAGUUAAUGGUGCUGCUACCUGAUACAUGCGAGAGGGCCGUGAGCCGCUGUUUCCCCUCGUACAGAUACAUCAAGGCGUCCACCGAGAGAGAGCAACAGGGAAAGGAUUGCUGCAAUUACAAGGUGGAACUGGACUGUAACUGCUGUGGCUCCUGUCACGACGCAGGGGAACUUAUAGAGCUGGCGAUGGAGAUAUCAGAGGUGUGCUAUCGCUGAGGAAGACCUUCUCUGACCUGCGAGCACAAUGAGUUCAAAUCACGGAUCUUUAAAAAACUUGAAUGUUCAACAAACAGCAUGACUGCCUCAUCUUAUUCACAUAUAUGUAGAAAAAAAACUGCCUGUUAGAGUUUUUUACAUUGACCUUGUGCAAGUUGACACGAUCUGUAGCAGGUGUCUACUGCCACCCUUUGAAACAGUGGCUGUUAUAAUGUGUCAGCCGUCUCACCUCACUGCUCAAAGUAAUCAAAUGCAAACAUGUUGUCCUGUUAGAGAGGGAGACAGGAGUGCAGAGAUAUGCAUGGUUAUGACUAAACCCUAAACCCAGCAUGAGAGGAUAGGAUGAGGACAUUUAGUGAACCCAGAAUGUGCGAGCAUGCCUUGAAAUAACAAUUCCAGUCAUUCACAACGAGCUGAGUUUGGUGAAGGGAGUAUAGAGUAUAGAAUGGAUUGAUGUCACGCACAGUGGGUGUCAAACUCGUUUUAGUUCAUGGGCCACACACAGCUCAAUCUCAA